CGUUAAUCUCACCAGGGUUCGCGGGCAUACUCCUCCAUAUUUGUUGUUGUCGUCCAGAGGAACGGUGUGACGUCAUCACCGUGCGUCGUGAGCGGUUUAGGGACUGAGUCGCAUCUCGUCCACUCGCUGGAUUCUUCCUCAACCAGGAUGCCUCUACCUGCAGCUCUGCUGGCCCGUCUGGCCAAGAGAGGGAUCGUCAAACCCACAGAGCAAGAGGUAGAUGAGGAGAUUAUUGCUGAAGAUUAUGACGACAACAACGUAGAUUAUGAAGCCACCAGACUCGAGAAUCUCCCACCGAACUGGUACAAAGUGUUCGACAUCGCCUGCGGUCUUCCUUAUUACUGGAACGUGGAGACGGACCUGGUGGCCUGGCUGUCGCCCAACGACCCGACCGCAGUGGUGACGAAAGCUGCCAAGAAACUGAGAGCUGCGGAUGUGGCAGAAGAACGAGUCGAGAGGCCGUUUGAGAAGCCGGAGCGAGAGCGGGACAGAGAGCGUGAACGGGACAGAGAGCGAGACCGGGACGACGGGAGGGAGAGGGAGCGACGGAAGCCGAGGAGGGAAGACGUGGCGCCAUACAGCAAGAGCAAAAGAGGAAGAAAAGAUGAUGAGAUGGACCCCAUGGAUCCAAGUGCUUAUUCUGAUGCUCCGAGGGGCACGUGGUCCACCGGCCUGCCCAAGCGUAACGAGGCGAAGACGGGCGCCGACACCACGGCAGCGGGGCCUCUGUUCCAACAGCGCCCGUACCCCAGUCCGGGUGCCGUGCUCCGGGCCAACGCAGCCAACCAGAUCCCCAAAGAGUAGACGAUGCAGCUCUGAUCUUAAUAUUCAAGUUUUCAUCUCGUAGAGAAUUGUGUCAGAAGAUGAAGUGCGUUCAUGUAGAACAGUUGUAAAUAUGUUUUUUUAUGAUCGGAGGACUGAACCUCUUGUUAUUGAUCAUCAUUUGCUAAUAAACUUAAUGAUUACUGUGAA